AUGGCCUAUGAAGAAUGGCAUCCAUUUUUUGGGAUAUUCGAUUCAUUAAUACAUUCAAAUGAUACUUUGAACGAUAUUCAGAAAUUCCAUUACUUGAAGUCUUCAUUAAAGGGCGAUGCUGCGGAAACUAUACAGUCAUUGGAAAUCACGGGCGCUAACUACGGCGACGCUUGGUCUAGACUAAAAGCUAGGUAUGAGAACGAACGUGUAAGCAUUCAAAAUCAUAUCAAAUCAAUUUUCGAAUUACCAUCGAUAAGAAAGGAGAACAGUGUGGCAUUGAGAAGUUUGUUAGACAGUACGCUAAAGCACACGACGGCACUAGCCGCGUUAAAACGACCGAUAGCCCACUGGGACGACUUAUUGAUAUAUAUAUUAGCGGGCAAACUAGAUUACUUUACAAUAAAAGAGUGGGAGAAUAGUCUAGACAGUAAGCAAGUACCAAAAUUUAACGAAUUGAUAGAAUUCUUAACAAAGCGAUGUGAAACAUUAGAAGCCGUCGCGAGAAGGAGUCUAUCUAUAGAGUCAUCUAGCAGGCCUCGACAAACGACCAGUAAGACGACAAAUGCACAUGCAGCAGUAGCAAGCGUAAAAUGUGCACAUUGUAAUGGCGACCAUCAAAUUUAUCAGUGUAAAACGUUUAAAGAACUAUCCAUUACAGACUGUUUAAACAAGAUAAGAUCUCUAAAAUUAUGUCUCAAUUGUUUGAAGGGCAAACAUUUCGCUAGGGAUUGUAACGCCGGCCACUGUAGAAAAUGUAUGAAAAAACACAGCACUUUGUUACACGAUGAUAACAUGUCAUCAAAAGGGAAGGAAGAAACGAGCGAUCCAAAUCCGAGUACGCUUAAUGAAGCCCAUAAGAAGGAAGAUACAAUAUGUACAUACACACAAUCAAAAAGGAUACUUACCUCAACACAGGUAUUGUUAUCUACGGUAGUAGUAUUAGUCAAAAAUCGCGAUGGACAAUACAUAGAGGGUAAAGCGUUAGUUGACAACGGGUCUCAAUCUAAUUUUGUUACGGAAGAGUUCGUUGAAAAAGUAAACGUGAAAACAAGGGCAAAUCAUAUAGAGAUAAAAGGUAUAAGUCAGCACAUAUCACAUGCUAUGAAAUCAGCGCAAUUGCAUGUAAGUUCGCGAUUUAAUACCUUCGGAUUGGACAUGCAAUUCAUAGUAUUGGAAAAGAUUACACAAAACUUACCUACCAUCGAAGUGAACGUAACAGAUUUAGAUAUACCUAAAAAUAUUAAAUUGGCAGAUCCAAAUUUUAACAUCCCGAGUAAGAUAGAUAUAUUAAUCGGUGCAGAGAGGUUUUGGGAGCUGGUUUGCGUGGGUCAAAUAAGGCUAGGUAGAAACAAACCAAUAUUACAAAAAUCAUUACUAGGCUGGUUAGUAUCAGGAUCCAUUAAUAUAGUCGAGUCAAAAAAACAUUCACAAACAAGCUGUAAUCUAAGUACAUUAGAGGAACUAUGUCAGACCGUCCAAAGGUUUUGGGAGGUAGAAAAUUACGCGAACAUUAAGAAUAGUACUUCGGAAGAAAAGUAUUGCGAAAGAUUAUUCGAAACUAGUUACAUGCGGCAAAAUGAUGGUAGGUUCGUUGUCAAAUUGCCAGUCGAAAAAGAAAUAUUGCCAUUGUUGAAUGGUUCAAGGGAGGUAGCUUUGAAGAGAUUCUUAGCAUUAGAACGGAAAUUUAGUUACAAUCCUGAAUUGAGAGGGGAUUAUAUCACGUUUAUGAAAGAAUAUCAGCAGUUAGGACAUAAUGAGUCGAAUAGAGAAAGAGAAAGAUAA